GUGGCCCGGCUGCAGCCACCACCUGCUGCUGUCACCACCGCAGCCACCACAGCCACCACCGUGGUUGUCCCUGCCUGGCCCAUCCCAGAAGUGCACUUACAAGGUUCCUGCUUGUGUCCCUGGAGCAUGGGAGGCUGCUGAGCUGGAGCGGAGGUAUACAGCAGGAGCUGUGUGUUUCACUCGGUGGCAGGGAGGGCGUCCAUGGCUGCAGCCAAUAAGGGCAAUAAGCCCAGAGUCUGGAGUAUCCGCUUUGUAGCAGGCCAUGAUGUCAAAGGCUCCCAGAGCCAUGUCCACUUUGGUGAGAAGCUACAUGACUCAGUGGUCAUGGUCACCCAGGAGGGUGACAUCAGCUUUCUGGUCAAGGUUGGCUUCCUGAAGAUCCUGCACAGGUAUGAGAUUACCUUCACCCUGCCCCCAGUGCGCAGGCUGAGCAAGGACAUCUGGAAGAUACCUGUUCCCAGCCUUCACCUCAAGCUCCUCAGCGUCAUGCCCAUCCCUGAAGGUGUGUUCCUUCCUGGGGUUCUGGAGGCCUGCCCUCCUCCAGUAGGUCCCAGAUGUGAGUGAGAGUGAGAAUAUGGGGUACUUCAAGUCAGUGACAUAUACCUCUUAAGAGCUUGCAGUGAUAACUUGGUAGUUCGCAUGUCCCAGGCCUC